GCCAACUGUGAGAGCAUGUUUAAGAAUUCUGCCCCAAGAAAGAGUAUCUGGGCGAUAGGAAUCUUUUCUCUGGUUGGUGCAGUGUUUGUUAUCACUUGGCGAGUAAUCUUUAAAGAAAAGAACGUGGUACAGUCUAUCAUGUUGCUCCACUUAGCAGUGUCCGAUGGUUUGAUGGGUAUUUACCUGGUCUCUAUUGGCACUAAAGAUCUGAUGUGGAGAGGAGAGUAUUACUUGCAUGACUUCCAGUGGAGGUCUGGUUUGUCUUGUCAAAUAAUUGGAGCGAUCUCCCUCUUGUCAAGUGAGGUGUCGGUUAUGAUGAUGACUCUGAUAUCUGCUGAUCGGCUUAAAAAUAUUGUGUUUCCUUAUCAGGGUGCUUCUCUGAAACCAAAGGCAACACAUAUCCUGUGCAUCAUCAUAUGGGCAAUUGGCUUCCUUAUGGCCUUUUUGCCUAUGUUUGGUAUUCAGUAUUUUGAAGACCCUUUCAGGUACCAUAGUUAUUAUGGUAGAAGUGUGGUAUGUCUGCCCUUGCAGCUUACUCCUGAUAAGCCGGCAGGUUGGGAGUAUUCUGUCGCUAUCUUUCUCGCUUUGAAUUUUGCUUUUUUCUUGUUCAUCAUGGGUGCUUAUCUCAUGAUACUAGUCAAGUCUUACUUAUCUAGCCGGCGACUGGCCCGUCAGGGUACUGAAAGAGAGAUCCAGGCCAGAAGAGCAAACUUAAGGAGAGAAACGGCUCUUGCAAGGCGGGUGUUUUUCAUCAUCCUGAGUGAUUGUGUGUGCUGGAUGCCGGUGAUAGUGAUUGGUAUGAGGACCAUCAUCGAGAAGUCUUACAAAGCGCAAGGAGACCUCGCUGUCUGGAUUGCUGUGUUUGCCCUUCCGAUCAAUUCGGCCUUGAAUCCUAUCCUGUACACCUUUUCAACAGAACAGGUCAGAGGCAUUCUAAAGAACAAAAUGGAAAAAGUCUGGAACUACUUGAAGACCGUUUUCACCUGCUGUGGUCGUGAUCAGGAAGGUGCGAUGUAA